UCAAUGUCACAGAAUUAAUACCAUAAAUUUAUACUAGCCCCCCUCUCAAAUUUCUGUCCUUAAAACUUUAUUAAUCAAUAGAUAAUGGCUUCCAAUUCGCAACCUGCAAAUCUCCCUCCCAUAAUCACCCAAUCCAGUGCAGCCCCGGGCGGCUCCGUAGACCCCCAACCCCCUGUUGCAAACCCUGCAGUACGUGCAUUUUUCACCAACAUUUCUGAAACAGUCCGCCAACGCCUGGCAGAUCGUCGCCCAUGGUCAGAGCUUUUUGAUCGCUCUGCAUUCUCGAAACCAGAGUCUGUUUCUGAUGCCACGGCUCGCAUUCGCAAAAACUAUGCCUAUUUCAGAGUGAAUUACCUAUCUCUCAUUGCCCUGGUAAUGGCCUUUUCCCUUGUGACGCAUCCUUACUCUCUCCUCCUCCUCCUCGGCCUCCUCACCGCAUGGCUCUUCCUCUACCUUUUCCGCCCCUCUGAUCCUCCACUUGUCAUUUUCGGACGUACUUAUUCUGAAAGAGAGACCUUAGGAGUUCUGGUGUUAAGCACAAUUGUCAUAAUUUUUCUAACAAAUGUUGGCUACGUCCUUAUAUCUGCAUUGAUGGUGGGAAUGGCUAUUGUUUCUGCGCAUGGAGCCUUUCGGGUUCCUGAAGAUCUGUUUCUUGAUGACCCUGAUUCUGCAGCAACUGGAUUCCUCUCUUUCCUAAAAGGCGCCACUGCGGCGCCACCAGCGGCUCCUGUAGUAACAGCUACUGUUCGCGUUUAGACAUUCCGCAUUGAGUAAAUCACAAUGUGAAUAUUUUAGUUUUCGGUGCUUCAGAAUUUUUCAAUUCAUCAAUUUUUUUAAGAACUAGCAUAUUAUCAUUUUUAGUACCCA